AUGAUGGAUGACAACAAGCAGCUGGCUCAGCGCAUAGACGGGGCCAUUCAGUCGGCAAGCCAGGAGGUGACCAAUUUGCGCUCGGAACUGAGCGCUACCAGUCGCAGGCUGACCGAGCUGGGGGCUGCUGACCUUUCCGGCAACAUGCUUGAGACCGUGCAGCACAACCACAACGCAACUCAUCACCAUCAUCACCUCCACACCCCUUCUCCACAUGCGAAGCAGAAGACACCCUCCACUGACCUGUGCUACGUGAGUGAAAUCAGCAGUCUAAUGGACUUCAACUCUCCCGAUGCCUCCCUAGACAAAGUUCUGCUUCGUGAGGAGGUGGCCCAACUGCAGGAAGAGGUGCACCUGCUGCGCCAGAUGAAGGAUAUGUUGAGUAAAGACCUGGAGGAGAGCCAAGGAGGAUGCUCGGCCGACGUGCUUUCUGCCACCGAGCUCCGCGUGCAGCUGGCCCAAAAGGAGCAAGAGCUAAAUCGUGCCAAGGAGGCUUUGCAAGCUAUGAAGUCUGACCGUAAGCGUCUUAAGGCAGAAAAGGCAGAACUAGUCAACCAGAUGCAGCAACUUUAUUCCACACUGGAGAGCCGGGAGGAGCAGCUACGUGAUUUUAUUCGCAACUACGACCAGCACAGAAAAGAGAGCGAGGAUGCAGUAAAGGCUCUCGCCCAAGAGAAGGACAUGCUGGAGAGAGAGAAGUGGGACCUGCGACGGCAGACCAAGGAAGCCACAGAGCACAUGGGAAUGCUGCGCACACAGCUGGAUCUCAAGGAAAACCGCAUUAAGGAGCUAGAGGCUGAACUCGCCAUGGCCAAACAGUCACUAGCCACCCUGACCAAGGACGUGCCUAAACGUCACUCCCUGGCAAUGCCAGCAGAGACGGUUGUCAACGGCAACAACCAGGAGUGGGUAAUGCAGGCUGACCUUCCCCUAACUGCUGCCAUCAGACAGAGUCAGCAAACCCUCUACGUGCACACGGGCCAUCCCACCGACCGACAAGUGGCCUCUGUGCGGGUGAGCCCGUGCCACUCACGUCAACCCUCCUUCAUCUCCGACGUCUCAGCUGUGGAGGGGGACAGGUCAUCUACACCUAGUGACAUCAACUCUCCACGUCAUCGGACUCACUCACUCUGCAAUUCUCUAGAAGAUCUGGAGGUGGCGAAGUGUAAGAAGAAGAAAGAGAAGAUGGGCCUGGGUUCAUUGUCACGAGUCUUCGCCCGAGGAAAGCAGCGCAAGUCCCUGGACCCGGGUCUGUUUGAUGGUACUGCAACACCCGAUUAUUACAUAGAGGAGGAUGCAGACUGGUAA